AUGGACGUAAAUUGGUAUUUGGCGAUAUUUUGUUUUGGUAUAGGAUUUGGAGGGUAUGUAUUGGUAUCAUCAUCAAAUUCUCAAGAUAUGGAAUAUGUGGUGAACAUAGGUGUGAUAAUGGAUUGUUCUAACACGUCACGUGAAAAUGGAUGUGAUGAACGAGCGGAAACUAUACAUGUUAACAACACGACAUUCACCUUCAACUUACUUAGGAUCCAUAUCGCCACGUCGGAGAUAUAUGACGUCACUCAAGCAAUUAAGCGUUCCUGUGAAAACGUUGACUUCUACCUGGUAUUAAGUAUUCCACCACCGAUGUCGCCAUCUUUAGGUAUCCUACAACGACUAGGCAUCCCGUAUAUGCGGAUGUGUGUCCUACUGACGUCAGAUAACCGACAAACCAUCUGCCUACCGAAAUAUGGAGGGAAUCUUUAUUUGCAAAAGAAUACCUUAUAUCUCAAGAGCGCAACAGAAACCAGCGAUCUAACACCGAGAGGUUGUUACGACAAAACGUGCGACGUCAGUCCAUACCAACCGAUCGAUGACAUGGCACAUGACUUAAAUGGAAGUGACGCUUAUUCAACCGACAAUUACUUGUCACCCAUUGUGACGUCAUUAGUGUCAGCAGAAAAGUGGGAACAUAUCCACAUAUUUUAUGAAGCUGUCUUUGAUAACGACAUAGGAUCCUUAUUUGAUGCCUUUUCAAAGAUCGGUCUAAUCGCAAGGAGUACUCAUAUGAGUGACAGAAUAUCGGAAGAGGAAUUCAUCCGCAUAUUUGACAAAUCUUCUGAAGUCGGGGAACAAGAACCUUUCCAAAUUGCCGUGUUGUGCAAAAACAUGUGUUCAAAAGUUUUGAAAGCGAUUGCUGUUUACGAUCUUCAGAAGAAGGGAUCAAAGGCGAUAUACUAUUUUACAGAAAUAUUAGUAGUAUCCAUGGCCUCAUCAGAUACAUUUUACCAGGAACUAAACGUUUCUACGUUUAAUAACAUAGCCGUUGUCACACUACCUUUGUGGGUGUCAAGUAAAAAUGAGCACAACAUAGACUGUACUGAAGGACAUUCUUCAAUAAUGCAGUACCUACACACAGCAUCAGAAGCAACGACUCUUAGGAACUCAAAUGAAAUGAUUACUCUUCCAAACAUUCUCCUGGACCAGAUGGAAAUGUACCAAGUGUCUCUGGCGUCGCUGUGGUUCCCGGUGGAGACUUUGAUAUGGGACAGAGAUGGUAGGAGCUUACGCCGUGUUGGGCUGAUUCACCUCACUGGAGAACGCAAAUUAUCUGGGUCAUUAUUUCCCAACAAGGAUUUCGGAUUUAAUGGCCGCCAGCUACUGGUGUCAUCAAUAGCGUUUUACCCGUUUGUCGAAAACGUCGGAAACGACUCCUAUGACGGUUUGUGUUUCGAUAUUCUACGACACUUAGCUGUGGACAUGAACUUCACUUAUAGACUGACUACAUCACCUGAUAAUGAGUGGGGAGUGAGAGGCGAUCAAGGUCAUUGGUCAGGACUUAUUGGACAACUGCAACGGAACGAGGUGGAUUUGGUCGUAACUGCAUUAACCGUUCUAAGUGUGCGCGAAAUUGUGAUGGACUUCACUCACCCAUUCUUUUACGACGCUACCAUCCUCCUGAUGACUAAAGAGGAUCCAAACAUAAAGAAGUGGCGUACCUACAUCGACCCGUUUCACUGGAUCCUUCUAGUAUCUAUCGGCGGGUGUUUGCUGGCUGUGUCCAUCUGUGCAUUCCUGUUUGACAGAAUAAGCCCAUAUCGUAUGAAAGUGGGACUGCAACCGUGGACUUAUUUAGAAGUUAUAUGGCACAUGUACGGCGCACUCAUUGGACGAGCCGGCGGAUGGUUGCAAGAGACACAUGUGGCAAGGAUCCUUGUAGGAAGUUGGUGGAUUUUCUGUGUGGUGCUCAUUGCAACGUACACUGGUAACCUAGUGGCCUUUCUCACUGUCACCAAGGAUCUCCUUCCUUUUCAAAGCGUAGAGGGAAUGAUCGAGCAGGAUGUUUACAAGUGGGGUGUGAUCGGGGGCGCGGUAUGGGUUACCAUGUUCCAGAUGUCGUCACUUCCUGCUUUUAAAGCGGUAUACGCGGGAAUGGUUCGUUUUAAUAAGACGGAUCCAGAUGUUAUUAUGGACCAGGACGUUCAUAUUGACAAGGUUCUGCGCGGGAACUACGUCCAUAUAGGGGACAAAAGUCAGAUACAGGUGAAGAUGGUCAACAGUUGCUCUCUGUUUACUGCAUCGGCAGAGGUUCUACCAGUACAGUACAGUUUCGGUCUACCAAAUGGAUCACCACUAACCGACCUCUUCAGCCAUAAAAUAAUGUCAAUGCACGAGAACGGCUUGAUCUCCUGGUGGAAACGAAGGCGUUGGCCGAAGAGAGAUUUUUGUCCCGAGAGUUUACAGACCUAUACUAAAGUUAUCUCCCUUGCUGACAUACAAAGCGCAUUCUAUCUGUUGGGAGUGGGAUUAGUUUUAGCAUUUCUGAGCAUUCUGCUGGAAGUAACAUUACAUAUGGUAAAGGUUUACAGGACGAAACAUGAAAGCAUUCAAGUGAAGCGUUAA